AUCCAACAAAAUGAUGUAGUUGUUGACAAAAACAAGCAUUUUACAGACUUAACAUUCAAAUCCAUAGAAAAAACAUAUGAAAAUUGCCAGAACAUAUACAAAAUAUAUUGGGAUUGUGGGACCAACCAAAAAGCCUUUUUAAAACACUGUAUGAGAACACAGUUUUAAUACACGAUACAUGAAAACAACAAGCACAGCACUUGCAGACUUCCCUUUUAAACUUUUGUUUUUAUAUAUCUUCCUUUUAAGGUUUAUUAAAAGAGCAGAUUAGUUGUUUCUUCAUGUCAUGUGAUGAUAGCGGCUUUGCGUUGUGACCUGUGUUUGGGUCUCAUGUGAAUCUGAGCAACUGUAUGAGUCAGUGUACAUGUGUGUUCAGCAUCCAGCUCAGAGUCAUAGGAUUGGGUGUACACUAUAUAUAUGGGUGUAUUUGGUGCCAAGCUCAAUAUGAGCUGACCAGUUUUGCUUUGAAGAUGACCGACCUUUUAAUGUUUAGAGAAAUCCAUGAUCUUCUUCAAGCCCCAUUUUAAUCGACAAUAACGAUGCCCUUCUCUUUUUCCCUCAGAGCCUCUGCGAAGAGGGUUAUGGAGAUGCUCUGGUUGUGCUACUCUUCUCCAACCCCUCAGAGUUCAGGUCAUCUGCUCGCUCUACUGGUUCUCUGUCUCGUAAUGGCUGCUGUGACCGCCUCACUACUUUUCCACUGGCUCACAGACCUUUUGAAAUAUGACAUCCAGAUGGCAUUUGUUGCAGUUGGUAUCUACGCCACAGCUGUGUUUAUCCUGUCAUCUCUUAUCCAUCCGUUCCGAUGUGCCUUCACACUGAUCUUCCCGACACUGUUUACUCGACAGGGCCGUAAACUGCUCUUGUCCGCAUCUGUGAUGAUUGUGGUGCUCUACGUUCUACCCAACAUGGCUGCCAACAUUGCAACUUUAACACAUGUUGUGAAAUGUGCGUCAGAAAAACUCUCUCAAAGUAUUUUAAGCAGCUCAGAGCUCAUCAACACCAUCAAGAACGAUUUAGUCAGAAGCGCAGAGCAAGAGGAAAGCAGUUUGACACUACGCGAUUUCGAUCACACCACAAAUAUUAAUGUCUCAGAAGUGAAGGGACGGUUGUAUUUCUUGAGUCAGCGAGUGCAGGAGGAUUUUUCUGAAGUUAAAAGUCAAGUACAGGAUCUGAAGCUGCUAUUCAGCAGAAUCUUUGCAGCUGUUUUUGUUCUGUAUUUGUUGACAGAGUCUGUCAUGUACCUUCGCUCUUAUUUGACGUCUGUAAGAUUUGACAACACGUAUAUCACAGGCGGGCUUAGGAGGAAAGCAGUCGAAAAAGGGAUCGCGGUUGAAGCAAAGGAUGUGAAAAAUGGAGUAAACUCCACCAGUUUCAGAAUAACGAAAAGGGAACUUUUCAAAUGUCUGGUUCCUGCCCUGGGGAUCACUCUGUAUCUGUUAAUGACAAUCUUUUUGAUAGUGCUGGACCAUUUCUUGUAUCACUUGGUGAAAUCAGGUGGUCCUUGGAUUUCAAACAUGCCAUCCACCAACAUCAGCAUCAACGUCAACUUCAAGGUUGAAACAAAGGUGGACCUUUGUCAUCUCUUUAACUCAAACUGUCUGGUAGAAUCUGUCAACUUCAACAGACUUUACGCAGCCCUCAUUCACUCUGAUCCAAACGUGUGUGAGGCCCAAUCCAGUAAGCUGAACCCAAGUGUAGUGAUGGCGCUGGUGUUCCUCUAUCUGUUCAGCUACACCCUGCUGCCGCUGGAGGUUUACGCUCGACGCCUUCGGAGGAAAGUAGCAGCUUCUUUUUUCAGGCAGCAGGAGGAGAGAAGGGUUGAAUUCCUUCUGAAGAAAAUUCUAAGUAAACAAAAAGAAAGACAAAAUGUUUUCUUUAUAGAAACCAAACCUCAAGAUGAAUAUGUCUCUGGGAUGACAGAUCAGUCACAUAAAUAAUAGGUAUAGCCUGUUUCGUACAUACUGUAUAUCAUGUUAAUAAAUGUACAUAUUCACAUUUGCAAAUCAAAUAUUUUGUUGAAAUAUUUUGCCUAUACUACAAAAUAGGCUAUUAAAGUUGCAUUUUUAUAUUUUA